AUGCCUGCCCUAAAUGUUCAUGAGUGCCAAGCCCAUGAACAGAGAACAGGAAGCUCAAGGACAUUUGGGAAGCAGCUUAAGUGCUCAGACUUUGAGGCUGACUCCAUAUCUGAAUGUUCCACCACAAAUUGGGAUCUCUCAACUGAUGCGGGCUCUGAGGAAUCUGAAGAGGAAGACUAUGAGUCCUUAUUGCCUCCCCUAGAGGGGCAGUCCAAUUCAGAGCUCUCCACACAUGAUGAUGCCAGCCUCGUUGGGCUGACAGCCUCAGCAUCUAGCCUGACCAGGAGGAAUCCACCCAGGAAGAGGUCAAGGAAGAGUUAUGAUACUGAGGAAGCGCAGAUCAAGGGAAAACAACCCAGAAAGGUAGCUGCUCCAAGACAGGAAAGCUCAAGGAAGAAGGGCGGUGCACGGGGCAAUCCCCAGGAUGAGUCGCCAUUGGCAACUCAUCCUGAAGUUUCUCCUGACAUGUCGGAAAAUGCUCCAAGUUCACAGCCAAGGGCAGUAGAGAUUUCACCUGCUGUCAUGUCAGGACUCACUCUGAAGAGGUUCUUCAAAUUGACAGCGUUUCAUGGUUUGCCAUACAAUGACACAAAGAUGGCCAUUACCGCUGCUAGAGGCAAGGACUAUAUUGAGGACCUGGCUUACUUUGUCCAUCCAUCUUCCAUGCCCAACCUCUCAACUUUUAAAAAGGGGGAACUUGAAAUACUCCAAUCCUCUGAACCCUCUGAGUUCUGUCAGGUUAUUAGAGAGCUGUUCCUUGUGGAAGGCAGGGAAAAGGAGCCAUUCCUGCUUUCCACUGUGCUGCAUGUCGCAGAACUUGACCAAUGCACCCCUGUUCAGGCGCUGUGUUGGAUCUUGAAUAUGGAUGACCCCAAUCCACAUGCAGAAAACCACAUCUACUCCACCACACUCUUGAGUGCAUUUGCUCAGAUGGAGGACCUGAUGAAAGGCCAGAUACUUAAUGUGCUAUCUCUGCCUAGUAUGAGAAGCCCACCACCUGGGAGUGCGAGCAGCCUUCUUGCAGAUGACUAUUUGGCAAUAAAUUCUACAUUGUAA